UUUUUUUGGAAGUCACGUACAGUACCCUGCGGAUUGUAUCACAAUACAGGAAAUGCCUAAGACUGACAAAGGGGCUUUCGAAUUUCAGUUUUACAUAGACGUAAAAUCUAGAACUGAUUAUAAUGGCCUUGUUGGUGAACAAUCUUUUAUUGCAGAUGUUGGCAUUAACUCCGUAUGUUCUCGCUUACGUUCCUCCUCCUGUCAACGUUAGUGCCGUCUGCCACAAUUUUCAUAACGUCAUCUAUUGGAACUACAGUGAACCAUCCCUCCGGCCGCAGUUCAAUGUUACGAUUGCAACGCUGUAUUCAAAGGAUUCCAUUGUUUGUUCAAACACUUCUUUAUACCACUGUGAUGUUUCCUCGUUUACCAAAGAGAUUUCCAAUGGCUAUCGGAUCAUAGUGACUGCUGCUGUUGGGCCACAUACAAAUUCUUCAGAUAUUUUGUUAAGCUACGAUGAAACCAUGGACUCGGAUGUAGAGUGCUGGUUGGAUUUCCCACCUGUCAACAUCUCCGUUGCAUCCAAGGAAAUGAUCAAAGUUCAAUUCCCUCACCCGUUGGACAAAUACAAAAAUGACAUCCGGAAAGAUGAAAUGGAGAAUCAUGACCUGUUUAAGUACCAAAUUGUCACGGAUAACUUGACACUGCAUAGCUUGGAGUGCUCUUACAUAGAUGACUAUGAGUGUCUCUCUGAAAUACCCAUCGAUGCAGCAAUGGACAGGCACUGCAUCAGAAUAAACGGAAAGCUGAACUACGUUCAAGUGUCAGCUCAAGAGAUGAUAUGUACUAAGGGGACACCUGAUUUUGAUCAUGGCUACAUUGCCCUCUACUGUAUAAUACCACUCAUUGUAGCUGGGGUGAUUGCACUCUUCAUUUCCAUGUGGCUGCGAAGGAAACUGAAAAGCAGCUUUUCCACCUUCCCGAGGUCUAUGCUGUCCCAUGGUUUGGGUAAUUCCCUUCUGACCCCUCAGAGCGAAACCCUGAGUUACCUGCAGACAGAUGACAGCUUCCUGCCAGAGGCCCCUGAGCCAAAUGAAAACCACACUCCCACCUCGAUACCACAGGAAGAGGAAGGUCGCUUCCCCAUGGGAGUUACAGACAGUGAGGAGUACGGUGGGGAUAAAAUGUCAUCCAAUGAGGGGUCAGGCUCUUCACUGGGAGAAACGAUUGGGUUGGAACAAGACACGGAAAAGGACUUGAUGUCGGGCUAUGAUAGCUGUCAUGUGCCGGUUACUAUUGUGGAAGAGGAGAUGAGUCCCGGGGACAUGGUUACAGGAUACAGAACCUGAAAUCUGAAUUUCAAGAAGAAAGACAGUCAGAAUAUGUUUUUGCACAUGCUCUUGUUGGUUGCCCUCGAGCUCACCUCGAUCUGUUUGGGGGAAAUCGGGGUUUCAGUUCAGUCUUUGACUGGCCUGCUACCUUGAUGUUACCAAUCCUUUUCUCCGUUCCUCUAUUUCAAUAUUGCCACCUUUGGUGGAGAUUUAUAGAAUCAUCAAAGGUGUGAGGAUGCACGGAUUGAAUUUUAAAACCAAGUCUGCACUGCGGUGUUGCAUUGUAGAAACUACUGUCAAUAAAUCCACUUGCAGAUGUGGUCGAGAGCAUUGGGCCCAAAGGUUGCUGGUUCAAAGGUAAAGGGUAAAACAUUUAUACAUAAAAGAACAAAACAAAUCCAUUCUACAAUUAUGAACUUAAGCCAAAUUGCUCUUGGAAGUUGUUAUGGAUAAAAACACUUAAAUGACUUGUUGCCUAGAUCCUGACAUAAAAGGUUCUGGAUCUAUACUGAGGUUUGCAAGUGCAGAAUUUGUUAAAUUAGGUAGUUUGUCUCUAGGCAGUAGGGAUUCAAGAUGCGAUAAUUAUUCUAAAUUGAAGCGAUAAUGAAAAAUAGAAAGCUAUGUUGAUAACCUAAGAACACUGUUGUUACAUAGUAGUUUGGUAGUUGUAGGCAUCAUCUUACCCAUCAACAAGCAUCCAGAGUGGUAAGGGUCUUUCAUUUCAGUAGUGUAAGGUAAUUAUUACAAUUACUGCUUGAUGUCUGUCAUUAGUUGAUACGUUUUAGUUUAUCCUUCCAGCUUUAGUGGGCUUUGUAUAUUUGUCUUUGUAAUCUUGUGCUGUAUGCACAGUGUAAAAAAAUAUAUAGUGAUAGAAACAUACUGUAUUAUAUUGAGCAUAUAUUCUGCACAUUCUAAAAAAAUGUUGCUGUCUGAACAGAUCAAUUCUAAUUUUUAAUUAUAUAGCAGCAAGUUCAACAGCAGCGUUUUGGGUAACGCAUUACAAAGUAUCAUUUCAAAACGGAUUUAGUAAUUAUUCACCACUGAAUAAGGUCAUGAAACAUUAAUGGAUUAUGCACAUAAUGGCAAAGAGAUUUCAAAUUGCAAUGUGCCUAACAUAUUCUUUUUUGAGGAGCUAUGCUUAUCAGUGCAAAAUAUGAACUGGAUGCUCAAAUGAUAAAUGAAGAAUAUGCUCCUAUACAAAUACAAUAGGCUACAAUAAAGCCAAUGUUCACAUUAAAUUCACAAAGUUGGUGAACCGUAUUGACGAACUCAUAAUCCAAGAAACAUUGCAAAUAUAAUUUAACACUUUGCAUUACAAAGUUCACUUGAAUAACUGAAAAUGUCACUUAAAGAUUUCAUACCACGCUCCAUUUUCCAAAGGGUGCAAACUAGCAUUCUACUUAGCUGUCCAUUAGCCCCUUGCAGGUAGUUCACGAAAGACUUAACACGAGCAUAUACGUUCAAAAUGUGAUCCGAAACGAAGAUAUGCACAUAAGCUUAAAGUAAAACAGUAAAAAAAAAAAAAAAAAGCUGUGUAGUACAUGUGGUGUAUGUUUUACGCAAGAGAGCAAAAAUCUAGCUACCGUAUAACAAGGUUUGCCGCGCGCUGAAUUUUUCCCUUUUUGCAGCUUACCCCUGUUCCGUGUGAUUUCAAAAUAAAGAUCUCUUAAACUAUGGUCACUUACACAUGGACUGUUGUGAUUUGACCACUGGUACUGCAGACAAACUUGACUCAAGAUCAAGAGGCCACGUGCUGGUUAAGUGCCACUCCCAUUCAUUUCCAAUAACAAGCUGAGCUCUGCGUUCCUCGCUUGGUAAGGAGUGAACAUUUCCGAUUCAAGCUCUACAGUCGCUGUUCUGUGCCAAGGCCUUUAAAGUGAUUAAAAUGUAUCAGUGCCUUGCUAUUUGCCCUGUACCUAAUCAUCGAGUUUUCAUUUUGCACCAUCUUUUUUUAGUAGUUCUUAUAUUGCUUUAUGAACUUUUUUAUUAAUCUAAAGGAAUUAUUUCAGCCCAAGUCACACAUUCUGUAAUAUUUCAUAUUUUAUCACAUUUCUUUUGUUUGCAUAUUUGUUAUUGUAGUUGCAAUAAAAAUGUCUGGAAUUUGACCAUUGUAAUUACUACAUUUACUUAUUUACAAGAGCAAAUAAAGGUGUUUUUGUGCAUGAA